AUGGAACCUGAAUCCUUAAUAUGCCUCUUCGAUUCACUCUGGUUCAAUCAUGGAUUCUUCAAGAAACACACAAACCCAUCAUCUCCUCCCAUUUCUGAUCCACCCAAAAAAAUACCACUAAAUAUAAUUGCAAUUCCUGUUCCCAUUGCCGUGUCCAAGAAGCAGAAGAGCAGGAUGAGAGGAUCAAGAAGGGAGGGGGCAGAGAAGGAAACACCACAGCGGAUCAAGAGCAUAUCAGAGCUAGAAUUAGAAGAACUGAAAGGGUUCAUGGAUCUUGGGUUCGAGUUCUCCGAGGAAGAUGCGAAGAAUUCCAGCCUAGUAGAGAUCAUUCCUGGGUUGAACACACUGAUGAAGAAGAAGAGCUGUGACAAAGCAGCAGAAAACUAUCCCAAACUUGAUAACUCUAAGCCCAGGCCAUAUCUUUCUGAAGCAUGGGAGGCUAUGGAGGAAAAAGAAAGGAGGAAGAUGAAGAAGGCAUUAUUGGCCAAGUGGAGAAUCCCAGCUAUGAGCAAUGAAGCUGACAUGAAACACAAUCUCAGAUGGUGGGCCCACACUGUUGCAUCCACACUCAGAUAA